AUGCAGCAAAUUCGCACUGUCCAUGUCCAUGAUGAGGCCAGGAAUGAAGAUUUUUGUGGAAAUUCCAUCAAGACGACCAAGUAUGAAUUCUGGAACUUUAUACCAAAGAAUUUGUUUGAACAAUUUCAUAGAUUUGCUAAUUGUUAUUUCAUGGCAAUGGCCUUAUUGCAGACAAUUCCUGGGUUGUCACCAACUGGACGAUGGACCUCUUUUGUGCCAUUGAGUGUUGUCUUAUUGUGCACAAUGAUAAAGGAUGCCUAUGAGGAUAUAAACAGAAGGAUUUCUGAUAGAGAAACCAAUAAUCGAGUGGCACAUGUGCUUAGGAAUGGAGUUUUUGUGGAUGUUCCCUGGAAGAGUGUCAAGACAGGAGACGUCAUUAAGGUGAAUAAUAUGGAACAAUUUCCGUGUGAUAUAUUAAUUUAUUCUAUAUGCCCAAUGGAGAAGAAAUCUGGAGAGAAUUUAUGCUAUGUGGAAACUUCACAAUUGGAUGGUGAAACAAAUUUAAAGAUUAGAAUUGCAAAUGCAGAAACGAGCCGAUUUACAUCACCACUAGAUUUUGAAAAUAAGAGAAUGAAAAUUGAAUGUGAAAUGGCAAAUAACAGACUGUACAAAUUUGAGGGAACAUUGACAAUGGAAAAUGGAAAGAAAAUCUCCCUCUCUCCAGACAAUAUUUGUUUAAGAGGGUCAAGUUUAAAGAAUACUCAGAAUAUCAUAGGCGUUGCUGUAUAUACUGGAAAUGAUACCAAAUUUAUGAGAAAUACCAAGAAAACUCCACACAAAAUGAGCAAUAUUGAACGCCUAACAAAUAGAUUGGUGUUGAUGGUUUUAGGAGUUCAAUUAUUUCUUGUGACUUGUUGUGAUAUUGGAUUAAUGAUUUGGACUAGUGAGCAACAACCAAAAGCUUGGUACAUUUUCCCAAAAGCAAGGGAACAUGACAUUGGAUUUAUAUUAUUUGGUGGAUUUAAAGGAUUCUUUACAAUUUUGAUUUUAUUGACCAACUUGAUACCUGUUUCGUUGUACGUUUCGAUUGAAGCAACUAAAUUGAUUCAAGGGUCAAUGAUUAGUAAGGAUCUAGAAAUGUACCACGAAGAAACAGAUACAAGAGCAAAUGUAAGAAGUUGUGCUCUUAAUGAGGAUUUAGGACAAAUUAAUUACAUUUUUUCUGAUAAGACUGGAACACUGACAGAGAAUAAGAUGAAUUUAUUGAAAAUAUCAAUUAAUGGAAAGGUGUACGAUAUAACAGAUCCACAAAUAACAAAUGGAAAUUGGAGACAAACAGAGGAUUCCAAUGAAAUUUUACAAUUCCUAUUGUUACUUUCACUCUGUCAUACAGUUAUUCCUGAGAGGUCUUCCAAGGAAACGAACGGAGCCCAAGACAAUACCAUCUACCAUUCAUCCUCUCCUGAUGAGAUUGCUCUAGUUAAGGCAGCCAAGUUUUUAGGAGUAGAAUUUCUCGAUAAGACCACACACCAAGCCAAUGUGAAAAUACUCGAAGAAUUCACAUUGAAAUAUGAUUUAUUGGAUUGUAUUGAAUUUUCAAGUGAAAGAAAGAGGCAAUCUGUCAUUCUCAGAAAUGAGAGAGGUGAAAUUAUUCUCUACACAAAGGGAGCUGACUCUGUCAUGUUUCCCUUACUUAAUCCAGAAUCCAAUCACUUGCCUAGUACUUUACAACAUUUGGAUAGAUUCGGUUCUACUGGUUUGAGAACGUUGGUGUGCGCAAUGAGAGUACUGGAUGAAAAUGAAUAUCAACUAUGGCAUGAAGAGUAUGAAAAAGCUAAAACUUCCCUCGACAAUAGAAAGGAAAAGAUUGAAUCAGUUGCCACAAAAAUUGAAAAGGAUCUUUUAUUAUGUGGAGCUACUGGCAUUGAGGAUAAGUUACAAGAAGGAGUUGCCGAUACUAUUUACAAUUUGAGAUUGGCUGGUAUUAAUAUUUGGGUAUUGACUGGUGACAAAAUGGAAACAGCCAUCAAUAUUGGCUAUUCGUGUGAACUUUUGGGCUCAUCUAUGAAAUUAUUAAAGGUAGAAGGAGAAACCUAUGAUGCAGUGGAACGACAUCUUACUCACUGCCUUGCACAAUUGAAAGAAAGUACUUUUUCCAAAUUGGAUAAUAGCGAUGUCAUUUCUUCAGAGUAUGCCUUAGUAAUAGAUGGAGAAAAGAUGGAAUUGGUUUUUUCGCAUCAGAAUUUGAUAGAUUUAUUCCUUCAUGUCUCAAUCAAGUGUAAAUCAGUAAUUUGUUGUAGAGUUUCACCAAAGCAAAAGGCAGAUAUUGUCUUGCUAAUCAAGAAUAAUGUUGAAAGUGUCACUCUGGCAAUUGGAGAUGGAGCUAAUGAUUGCAACAUGAUUCAAAGUGCUCAUGUUGGCAUUGGUAUUUCAGGAUUGGAAGGAUUAGCAGCCGUCAAUGUUUCAGAUUAUUCAAUUGCCCAAUUUAGAUUUUUGAAAAAACUUUUACUCGUUCAUGGAAGAUGGAGCUAUAGAAGAGUUUCAAAAUUGGUGCUCUAUUGCUUCUAUAAGAAUAGUGUACUCUUCCUGACUCAGAUGUGGUAUAUUUUCUUCAAUGGAUUUUCUGGAACUAGUAUUCACGACAAGUGGAAUAUCACCAUGUAUAAUUUACUCUUUUCAGGAAUACCUAUUGUUGUAUUUGCUGUUUUGGAUAGAGAUGUUUCUUCAAAGAGUGCUAACAUGUUUCCUGAACUCUACUUCCAAGGAAGAAAGAAUAGAUUUUUCAAUUGGAAAGUUUUUAUUUCAUGGAUUGUUAAUUCAAUUUUCCAUUCACUUGUUUGCUUUUUCGUUCCAUACCUGGCCUUUGCAGAGAGUAAAUUUCCUGAUGGACAAGAUAUUGAUGCACAAACAAUUGGUAUAGUGAUGUAUACCUGUGCUGUUCUUGUCAUUACAAUGAAACUGGCCAUUGAAACCUCAACUUGGACCUGGAUUAACUUUUUAACAUAUGGUCUCAGUAUUGCUUUAUGGCCUAUUUAUUUAUUUUUCUACGGAUCUACCUUCCAAAUGUUUAGAAGAAGAGCUCCUAUUGUGAAUGAGUCAUAUGACAUUUCUCAAAGGUAUAGAAUUAUAUUUACUGCUCAAUUUUGGUUGGUUGUUCUAUUAGUGGUAAUUACUUGUUGCAUUAGGGAUAUUUUCUGGAAGUGGUGGAUUAGAUAUUUCCAAACUAAAAAAUUAUACUACCUUGUACAGAGUUUGCAACACGAAUCCAUUACUAGAGAUCACAUUGCUCACGAAAUGCCAUUCAUUGAUAAGGAAGAAAUGAGGCCACCAACUAUCUCCCUUAAAUCGAGAUCAUUAUCAACUAGAUUAUCAUAUUUUAAGGAGAAGGUAUUUUCGUACUUUGGUACAGUUUCAAGAAAAAAGUAUUCUGAAUUUGAGUAGGAUUAAAUCAAUUAAACUUUGUUUACAAAGC